UUUUUUUCUUAUACUUUUCUUUCAAAAGAAGGAAAAAAUAAAUAAAAGUGAUGAUCAUAACAGUUCUUCAUUCUCUUGUCUCGUUUUAUUUCAUCAUCAUCCCUACCCUCAUCUUCUUCCAUGGAAGUAACGGUGCUACAAUAACUAUCGUAAACCGAUGCAGCUUCACUGUCUGGCCGGGUAUUUUACCCAACUCAGGAAGUGGGGACAUAGGAACCACCGGUUUCGAGCUAGCCUCUGGUGGUUCACGUUCGUUCCAAGCUCCAGCAAGCUGGUCUGGUCGGUUUUGGGCAAGAACCGGUUGUAGUUUCGACUCUCAAACAGGCCAAGGCACUUGCUUAACCGGUGACUGCGGUUCUAACCAAGUCGAGUGUAACGGCUCAGGAGCCAAACCGCCCGCUACACUAGCCGAGUUCACUAUCGGGUCAGGUCCAGAAGACCCGACCCGAAAACAAGACUUCUACGACGUGAGCCUUGUGGACGGAUACAACGUCCCUAUGGUAGUUGAAGCGAGUGGAGGGUCAGAAGGUAACUGCUUGACCACAGGAUGCGUAACGGAUCUAAACCAGAGAUGUCCAGCAGAGCUCCGGUUCGGAUCCGGGUCAGCAUGCAAAAGCGCGUGCGAGGCGUUUGGUAGUCCAGAGUAUUGUUGUAGUGGCGCGUACGCUUCACCAACCGAGUGUAAACCUUCCAUGUACUCGGAGAUAUUCAAAACAGCAUGUCCUAGAUCGUAUAGCUACGCGUUUGACGAUGCUACGAGUACGUUCACAUGCACUUCUGCAGAUUAUACCAUCACUCUUUGCCCUUACUUGCCUAGCCAAAAAUCUGCAGCUAAUGGGUGGAGAGAGGGCGGUGGAUCUGCAGGAAGCUCACAGUCUCCAUUAUCGACGUGGUUAUCGGAUGUAUUCAGUUCUGGCUCAUCAAAUCUUCAAUCUUCCAUAUAUUUAAUCAUAUUUUCUUGUAUUUUUCUUCUUCUUUUUCUUUGGCGAAUUUGAUUUAUGUUUGUGUUUCUUAUU